GUGCGCUGCUGCAGCCGCAGGUGUCGUACUGCUGGGCUCAGGCUGAUCUGCUGAAGGGAUGGCGGACACUCAGAGACCCACCGCCGCAAUCUCAUUCGUCUACAGGGGAACUUUCAUCCACUCGACGCAGAACACGGCCGUGCAGAUUCUGGAAGACGCACUGCUGGGAGUGAACGCAGAGGGAAAGGUUGCUUUCAUUGGAAAAGGAGAGGAGUUGCACAAACUGUCUCAGACAUUUGGGUUCAGCCAGUCUGUGGUGACUCAACUGACACAACAUGAGUUCUUCAUGCCAGGAUUGGUGGACACCCACAUCCAUGCAUCCCAGUACAGCUACGCAGGCACGGCCCUGGACCUGCCCCUGCUGCAGUGGCUCAAUACCUACACCUUUCCUGUGGAGUCCCGCUUCAAGGAUUUGGAGUUUGCCAACAGGGUCUACACACAAGUAGUGAAAAGGACCCUGAGAAAUGGAACAACCACUGCAUGUUACUUUGCUACUAUACACAGGGACGCCUCUCUUCUGCUGGGUCAGAUUGCAAAUGACUUUGGACAGCGUGCCCUGGUGGGUAAGGUGUGCAUGGACAGGAACAACGCGGUGAAACAUUACAAAGAGAACAUCCAGGAGUCACAGGACGAAACCUGUCGGUUCAUUGCAGAGCUCUUAAACAAAAAGUACCCCCUUGUGAAGCCGGUAGUGACUCCUCGCUUUGCACCAUCUUGCACAGGAGCCUUGCUCGGACAGCUGGGAGCAAUCGCUAAGAAUAACAACCUGCACAUUCAGAGUCACAUCAGUGAAAACGUCGAGGAGGUGAAGCUCGUAAAGGAGCUGUUUCCUGAAUCUGAGUCGUAUACGGACGUCUAUCACAAACACAACCUGCUCACAGACAAAACAGUGAUGGCCCAUGGCUGCUACCUCAGUGAUGAAGAGUUGGAUCUGUUCAGAGAGACGGGAGCCUCUCUGUCUCACUGCCCCAAUUCCAACUUUGCAUUGUGCAGUGGAAUUUUAAAUGUCCGCAACGUCCUGAACCACAAAGUGAAGUUGGGGCUGGGAACAGACGUGGCGGGGGGCUACUCGGCCUCUAUGCUGGACGCUGUGAGGAGAACUUUGGAUGCGUCUAAAGUCUUGACCAUCCAGGACCCAGAGCAUGUUACGCUCACCUUUGAGGAGGUGUUCAGACUGGCCACACUGGGUGGCAGCCAAGCCUUGUCCUUGGAUGACCAAACAGGGAAUUUUGAGGUGGGCAAAGAUUUCGAUGCCCUGAGGGUGAACAUUGUUGCUCCUGGUGCACCCAUCGACCUGAUCCAGUGCGAAGGGCCAAAGAUUCUGUUGGAAAAGUUCUUGAACUUGGGUGACGAUCGUAACAUAGUGGAGGUGUUCGUAGCCGGGAGGAAGGUGGUACCUUUUACAGAACCAGUGGAGUAAAGCUUUUGAAGUCUCUGCACACUUCCACCUGUCUCGCAGUUUAAAACACAUCUGAAGAUAUAAUAAACUGUAUGCAGCAAAGGCACGAUCAGCUGGAAAUGACAUGUGGAUGCAUCAACUGGUGUACUGUGUAUUUUAUCUGUAUAGACAAGUCAAAAAAGAAAAUUCAUGAUAAAUAUUUCAGUGUUAAAUCCAGAUGUUAGAAUAGAUUAUUUAUGAGAUUAAAUGAGGGUCAUACAAAUAGUGUUCAUCAAAAAAUGUAGUCUUUUCCUAAAGAAUUAUAGGUAGUUACUGGUCAUUACAGGGAAUAAGGGACUUGCUAAAUACACCUUUUCUGUUAGUUAUUCAGAUAGUUAGUUGGUUGCUCAUUUUUGCAGAAUGAAAUAUAUUUUUAGGUUCUCUUUGUUUAUGUUAACACCAUUGUAGACUAACACUUUUUACAUAGACACAUUAUAACUUACAAAGAUACAACUAUUGGUGAUUUUAGCCUCUGCAGUGUGUUAACAACCACAGAAACAUAUUAGUGUUGGACUAAUGCAGACUGAAUGACUGCUUACAGCGGGUUAAUGGUCCCAUUCUCAUGCUAGUGUAGCUAGAAAACAGACUAAUAAUCAGACUGGGAUUGCCUUGAUUUAAAUAGUUAGAGCUCAUUCUGUUUAUUUUCACUGCACACUCCAUUCAAAUGCAUCCAUUCAUGUCUUUAAAAUGACACAGUUUAUGUUAUUUACUCAGUGUCACUUUUCCACUUGUCAGUCUGCUCCAUGUACAAACUGAAACUAGGAUCUUAUCUAACAUGUAGCUGCACUAAUGCCUUUUUGAUUUGGUCAAAAUCCACAUCCUGACUUGACCUUAGUGAAAGGGAAAUAAACCUGGUGUCUCAUUGACUAUAGUUUUGUUAUACUAACCCCGCAUUUAUAUAUCAAUUCUAAUGGUUUGACCUCUGAGAGGAUUUUAAGGACCAUCCAGAUUAAAUACACUUUAUGUAUUUAUAUUCCUCUCUAUAUACUAAUUGUCAGGAAAUCAAGGGAAAUGAAAUGCACAACUUGCUGAAUAUGUUUUUGUCCAGGUGAAUGCGGAUGUAUUUAAGACAAGUUUCCCUUUUUUACUGAAAUAUUGCUAAUUUUAUUAUCACGAAAUAGAACUGAGACAGAUGAGCACAUUGUAUAUGUUUAAGAUUCUCUCCAUGUGUCACAUCAUGAGAGAUCGAAAUAAAGAAU